AUGGCCACGCUCCACGAACGCAGGCAUUUCUGGCUAUCCAAAAAUGUCCUGCGGCUCCUCACAGCACGCGACGCCUGGGACGCUUGGAGCCAGUACUGCUGCAGCAGGAUUAGCCCGGAGGACUCCAUGGAGCGAUGCUUCUUCCAGGCAUACAACGUCCGGACGUGCCCCCCGGCCGCUGAACGAGACCGCGCGGGGUGGCAGCCCCUGCUACAGCGCUCCCUUCGACGCGUUAUCUUCGGUGAAGAGAACGACGUAUACACCGCAAGGCUCGGAAAUUCGAAGCAUAACGACAAUAAAGUGCACUGCUUCGUUGUGAGGCAUCAUGGGGUGACGGGGUUCGUCAUAUACACGUUCAAUGAGCCUGGAAGGUCGCGUCGCGCGCUUGAAGCCCUCUACGGCGGUCAACCCAGUGGAAUGCGCAUUCCCAUCGGAGACCUCUUCAAGCACAUUGAAGUGUCCUAUGUCGAUGCGACUGCUAUGCUGUGUACCUCGUUCGUCACGGCCUUGGUGUCCCGCACGAAUAGGGAGGUCGCCGAGCUACAGGCGAUCGACGGCAAUGAUCUGCACUCAGCUCAGGACGUCCACAAUUUCAAGGGGAGGCGUGUGCCGGCCAUCGACGACCUCGACGCCCAAGAUGACGCCCCAGGAGUGGCCCCUAUCCAACGACGGACACUGGACCGUUCUGGCAACAAGGGAAAGCACGUUCAAUGUCAAAAAUCUGACGACGAAACUCCAGCCUCGGAAGGCGAAGAGUCCACCAGCUCCGGAGAUGAUACACCUGCUGCCGGCAGCGGGAUGGGUAGCUCCACUCACAGCUUCUUCAGCGGGGAAACUACUGGCGCUGUCGGCGCAAGCGAGGAUGCCGACUCGGAUAACGAUGAAGAUGACGACUAUAACGUAUCCUACUUCCGGGCACGCCAGGAAGUCUCCCGGAUCAAUGAAUUUGGGGUGAUACGGAGCAAGGGGGUGCACGGUGGCUAUGAAGACCACACCACUAUCCGUGCGCGCCUCGUCCCAUCGGAGGCCCCUCGCGUCCCCAGGCGUCCACCCCCGAAGAAGGCUCUCCGCGUCUUGCGAAACGUCUUGGGUAUCAAGCAGUAG